AUGAGCGCCCAACCAACGCUGCCGUUGGUAAACGGAACAGGGCCACUACAAGGAGAACUCCGGGGCGAAAACCCGCCCGGUGAGCAGCGGGAACCUGGAACUGCAGAUGGCGGAGCUCGAGCUGUUGGCGAACACAGUGAAGUGGAGGCUGGGUCUGUGCGAGAAGGGCCAGCUCCAACUACGCAGCAGUCGAGGGAUGGUGCUUCAGCGUCCCCUGGGGACCCUACGAGGGAAUCUGUACGAGGGCGGGCCAGGCAAGAAGCUUUUCUGGCGACCCACGAGACGGACCCGGCGAGGGCUACUGGGAUAGCGCGCGGAAGUUCAACGAUACAGCCGCAGUCGCAGGUGGGUUUCUUGACGCCGAGAUCGACGUUAUCGGCGCCGCCAGGACCAAACUGGCUGAACCAGGUGGAGUUGCCUCGGUGGAUGACGAGGCUUGGGUCGUACCUCAGCGCUGGGCAGAGCGACCCACUGGCACCAAGCCCGCUAGCGGGUUCGGUGUCUCAGCACUCCUCGCCUCCAGGCGGUCAUGCCUUUACGCUGAGAUCGCCGUCGCGGCGGGAGAGACCACCUCGACCUCCUACUCCAAGCUCGUCGUCGUUGCCAGCUGAGGCGAUCCAGAUGGAGGUGCAGCGACAGCUUGGAGGAAUGCUGAAUAGACUACAGAUGGCGGAGAGGGAAAAUGAGCGGCUGAGACAGGAGUUGGAGAGUGCGAGAAGGGCGGAGCUACCGCAUCGUGAUGUACCAGCACUUCCUGCUCCACAGGCUCAUGCUCCACCAAGGUCUGAGCAGCAAACCCUGGACUUGGACCGGGCAGCGGCCCGGGAUGUGAUGAGCACUGCUGUGGCUCCAACGAGAAGUACGGCACCUCGGCUCGAGCAGGCGGAGGGCACGAUGGGCAGCACGUCUAUCUUUGGUGGUCCGGGACUACGGGAAGGGCAUGGAGGGUUACUCGGUGAUCUUCUUAACGCUCCAUCAGGACCCGGCCUACUCCAAGGUGAUCCUGCUUCUACGACGAUGCCUACACCCAUGACCACGGCACCGCAGCCGCCACCACAGCCCCCACAGCCUUAUGAGGAGGGCUUCUUGAGAAGUUGGCUAGCGCCUAGGGGAAGAAGUACGUCACCUCCGCCACCACAACCACGCCAGCAACCUGGGUCUCCUGUCAUAGAUGCCCUUACUAAGAGCAUUCAGCAGCUUCAAGAAUUACAAGCCCAGGCGAUGGCAAAGAGUUCUGCACCCCACUCAGCAGAGCAGAUAAAGCCAGGCACGCUGUCGCUGGCUCCGCUACCAGAUCCUCGAGGCGGGUGCGAAGCAGCUCUUCAGUUCCAGGAUUGGAUGGAAGUUGCGGGAUCUGUUCUAUCUGAUGUUUCGGAGCUGAGCGGAGAGUGGUGGAGGGAAGUUGUUUCCAACGUGGAGAGCACCUACUCGAGAUGGUUGGCAGUGACACCGCUGGAGAGGUUGAAUAUAACUCCGGUGGGAUCAGAUGGACUCACUAGUGGGAGAUGGACAAGGCUGAAUGCGAGGGUGUCUUCGAUGCUGCUUUCGGCAAUGGGCGAGGGGCUUCGAUCCGACAUGGUGGCCCAGCGCCUGACUCAGGACACGGUCCGCAUGGUUUUCCGGCUCCACACAACGUUUCAGCCCGGAGGGUCUGCAGAAAGGCAUGAUGUUUUGAGGAGGCUGCAAGCACCGAGUGAGUUCGUUGCGACGGAGAGCCUGGAGGACACCCUGAAGGCCAUUAGAGCGUGGCCGAGAUGGUUGGCACGGUGCAAGGCGGUCAAUAUGAGCCCGCCAGAUGCCUCGGUAUUGGCCCGAGGCUUGAUGGCGAUGUCUUCCAGGCACAUCAAUGGGUCGCCUGAUGCUGCGUUCCGCACCAGCAUGCUGAGGACUUCCCUACGGCUGGACGGGCAACCAACCUUGGAGCAGGUUGCGGCCUACCAACGACAUCUUCAGGCAGAGCUGGAAACCAUGGCGAGUGCGGCGAGUACUACCACCCAGGUGUCUCCAGGGCUUCGGGCCAUAGAAAAGGCGGCCUCACCCAAAGGAGGCAAGGACAAGGGGUCUGGGGCUCCAGUGGAUCUUUGUCGAUACUUCUUGAAGCCGUCAGGUUGCAAAAGGGGGUCUCGCUGCACAUAUUCGCACAGCAUGGCCUCUCUCGACAAGGAGACCAGAAGUCGCAAGUGUCUUCAGUGUGGCGCGGAGGGUCAUCGACAGAAAGACUGCCCAGUAGCGAAGGGUGGCCCGCGGUCUAGUGCGGUCGCUAACUCGCCGACUGGUGGGGGGCAAAGACAGCGAGAAGCAGAGGCCCCAACAGUCUCCACCAUGACUCCGUGUACCACACCGGCAUCUACGAUGAUGAGCUCUACGGCAUCGGUGGCUGGAACUCCAUGGACCCUCGAAUCUCUGGUCCAGGCGGCCCAGCAGAUUGUCCAGUCCCAAGGAGGAGAUAGUCGUGAAGAUCGGAGUCCAGAGAAGGUCAAACCGGACAUGAGAACACUGGUUGUGAAGGACAUUAAGAUCUCUUCUUUGGGGUUACCGUCUUCGGCACUCUUGGACUCAGGUGCCACCCACAGCCUUCGAAACGCAUAUCACCAAGAGGAGUGGGAUGGCGCAGAAGAUGUGGUGGUGCAGCUGGCAGGACAAAACAAGCUGACGAUGAAGUUGUCAGCUGGGGGCACAUUGUUGAUGCCACCGAGGGAGGACAGGGGAUCCUCAUCAGCUGAAGCAGUGGGUGGAGGCACGAUCGUUUCGAUGGGCGAGCUAGUGAGAACGCUGGGCUACACCUUAGUGUGGGGGCCGAACCAAUGCCUGUUGAAGACGUCGGACGGUGAGAGCAUCCCACUGGCCACCCAAGGUGGCUGCCCUUAUCUUUGCGAGGCGGAAGCGUUGUCGUUGAUAUCGAGGUUGGAAGAUCGAAAAAGGGAGCGCCUAGAGAAUGAGACGACUACGACCCUGGAUCGUGUGGAGAUGGCGGCAAUGCGUAUGGAUCGUCAUUGGAUGGACAACCUCCGGGCCUACGCGGAGGAUGGGUCGAUGGAGGCUGGAGUUAGGGCCCUACGGGAUUCUACGUUUUUGCAUCAACUCCCAGGAGAAUGCCGAGAUGGUCUUCUACCAGCGGGCCUACGUGAUGAAGGGUGGAAAAUCAUGAAGAAUGUGAACUUCCUAACGAGGGCUCAGAGGAGAUACCUUUGGGGGGCUAAGAAGUGGAUCGUCCAUCUAUGCGCAGGAGGAGAAGGCCAUUAUCAGUUUUUCCAGUUGGAUUCCGGCUCCACGGCAGUGAUUGAGUUCGAUUUGCAGCGGUGCAAGGCCCACGACGUGAUGAGUGAUCCUGUAUGGAAGUUAUUGAUGUGGGGCGCCGUAAAUGGAAAGGUGGAUGGAGUCAUCGCCGGACCCCCGGGCCGAGGAGGAGUGGGACAUCCUGCAGAACCAGCACGGGAUCAAGACCUCAAGGCUGUCAAGGUGAUCACUCGCAUUAUGUGGCUUUAUGCAACAGCAACAGCGGCAAGGGAGAGCAGUGUGGCAGCCUGCAACAAGGGUCGUCCGGUGGCGUUCAUCAUGGAGCAUCCUGCGAAGGAGGUGUGCUCAGGCACCUCCGUGUGGGACCUGCCUAUGUGGAGGGAGUUCCAAAGGGAGAUGGGCAUGAACCAAAUCACCUUUGAUCAGAAGGUGAUGGGAGGCGAGCAACUACGAACUACGCUGGGAACCAACGUCUACUACAUGAUGGGCUUGGACGGAUUGGGGCUGGAAGUCGAAGAGGGAACCAGCUCGAUGAGCAGUACCAGUGGAGUUUGGAGCCCCGGACUUGUGAACGCAAUGGUCCUUGCCCUACGGUUUUGGAGCCAUUCCCCCCGUGUGGCACCAAGUCUUCAUGCGCUGAGUGCAGAGCAGUGGAAACGGCAUGUUCAAUCGAACCACUCAGACUACCAGAAGGAUUGCCUCACUUGUGUGAUGGGCAGGGGCACGGGACGGAGACAUGCUCGGGUUCGUCAUCCCGAUAUGUUCACGUUGACAGUGGAUGUGGCGGGUCCAGUGAAGCCAGGCCUAGACGUUUCGUCAAAGGGAACUAUGGGGAAAGGGUUGCGCUACAUGAUGGUGGCCAAGUACACGUUCCCGAAGGAAUAUGUGAAGGGCUACACAGGAAAUCGCAGAACCUUCUCUACCACAACCACACGAAGGAAAUCGCAGAACCUUCUCUACCACAACCACACGAAGGCGAAGGCUGUGAUCCUGAGGGAAAAGAAGGUGAUGCACUACAAGACGAAGAUCAUCCCGAUGAGGAAGGAGGAGAUCCACAUGUACAACAACCGAAAUGGUGCAGCAGAGUCAGCUGUCCGUUGGUUGAAGGAUAGCAGCCGCGGCUAUGCAAAGAUCCAAGGUACUGGGGCCACGUGGUUUUUGUUCCUGAAGGUGAAGGGCGUGGUGAAAGAUUUCUACAUACGUUCCACGUUAGAGCUGGCCUUGUGGAGAUUGCUGGAGAAAACCCCCAUGGAGAAUGUUGAGCUCAGGGCUUUGUCGAUGUCUUCAGAUGAUCUGGUGGAGUACAUUAGGGACAGAUCAAGAGUGCUACUGGAUGAGUGGAGCCAACCAGAUGCGAUUGGACUAGUAAGGGAACUGAGCGACCAUGGCUUCUUCGAUGACAUGAAGUUCGGGGUUUUUCGUCAUGGAGGUUCCGUGGGUUGGUUGAAGAACUUCAAGGAAUUCCCGGAGCUCGCAAAGGUCCUGUCAGGCAUCAUCCUCUACGACAACCCAGAGGCAACGUUCACGGCGAUUAUGGUGGCAAAGGGCAAUGAGAAGGGGAUGCACCGGGAUUUUAACAAUGACAACAAGGCGGUGAACUAUGUGAUGCCAAUUAAGGUCCCGAAAAGGGGAGGUGAGUUGUGGAUUGAACUCGGGCCCGGGGAUAAGUUGACUGGUGCUGUGGUUGAGCGAUGUGAUGAAAAAGAUCGCUCAAGGUACGGACAAGUUCUACCUCUUGUUGAGGGCCAGUGCAACGUUUUCUCCCCGAGGAAGCUACAUGAAGUCCUACCCUGGGAAGGAGACCGCAUCGUGCUGAUUGCCUAUACACCACAAGGUCUUGGCAAGGUAACUGGAGAAAUGAUUCGCGAGCUCGAGGAGUUCGGCUUCUCUCCACCUUUAACCCAGUACCCCGAGUACUUUCUGUUGAAUCAGGAGGAGCCGGUCGUGGAAGCGAGGACCUUGGAUGUGGAAGUUCCGUCCCAGGAGGAGUACAGCAUAGACCCCGACCCUACGGUGGAGGAAUCAGACCUGGAGGAUUGGGAGAUGUUCGUGGACACCGAUGAGGGCAAGGUCAAGGUUGGAAGUUCGGAAUCGCAAAUGGACCCCAGACCUCAAGUGGGCGUGAGCAAGGUAGAGGUGACCUACACGAAGGGCAUUGAGGACAUCAUCGCAAACCUUAAGGGCCCGCUGGAAGUGACGUAUAACGUGGAUCCCAAGGAGGUGUACGAGAAUCUGGAUUCCUGGGCUCCUGCAAUCCGCAAGGAAGUCGACGGAGUGAGCGUCGCAAUCAAGCGACUGCUUCCCCAGACAGUGGAGAGAGCAGAAUGGUUCCGUCGACCUGGAGCACAGCGGCUCCCGGCCAAGAUGGUCUUUACGAUCAAACCCGGCGAUGCUCCACUACCAGACCGCCGAGAAACUUGGUUUAAGCGCAAGGCGAGACUCGUUGUAUGUGGAAACUUUGCAUCGGGCAGUGAAGGUGAUCUUUACUCCGAGACUGCUCCUUCUGAAGCAGUCAGGGUCGGAUUGACGAUGACCCGGAAGCGCAAGUGGGCAGUGGGGUUGAUUGACAUCAUGCAAGCUUUUCUUCGAACACCCAUGGACCCCAGUGCCGGUGAUCCUACCAUUAUUGUGGCCCCACCGCGUGUCCUAGAGAAGCUGUCGUUGAUCACCUUGGGUGAGCUUUGGGGCUUGGUCCGUGCCAGUUACGGGUUGCGACAAGCGCCAGCACUUUGGUCGGCUCAUCGAGACAGAGUUUUACGACAGAUGGUUUUCCCAGGACAGCUUUGUUUACGCCAGGGCAAGACCAUAACAGCAUGGUGGGUCCUAAAGAACCAGGCAGGUGUGAUUAUUGCGCUGAUUAUCAUCUACGUUGACGACAUCUUGCUGCUUGGAGAGAUCGCUACGAUUAAGGGCAUUGCCACGACGAUCCAAGAGGUGUGGCGUACGUCUGAGCUGGCUAUUCUAGCUGGUGCCAAUCCAUUGCGAUUUCUGGGAAUGGAGCUGGAGCUCGACGAGGAGUCCGGAGUCAUCUAUGUGAACCAACGGGGUUACAUUGAAGAAGUGCUGAGGGCGCAUGGAGUUCCUUUGGAGUCAAGGGACAGAAUACCCCUUUCGAAGGACCAGGCAUCCUUUGAACCCUUGGAUGAUGACCUACCUCCAACCCCAGAGGCUGUGACAGAGAGCCAGCGGAUUACGGGCGAGCUGAUGUGGCUAGCCCAGCGAUCAAGGCCUGACCUCAGCUUUACCUGUUCGUUGAUGGCAUCGAUUACACUGAAGGCGCCGGAGCGGUGCUUGCAGAUUGGGGCCAAGGUGCUACGCUACCUACAGGGAACCCGGGAGUAUCGCAUGAUGAUUGCGAAUGACGGAACCAACUUGGUCCUCUACCCGGACGCGGCAUUCGCUCCUACGAGUACAAGAUCACAUACUGGAUGGUUAGUGUGCUGGUCAGGCACACCAGUGGGUUGGCGAAGCAGUCGCCAAUCAAUGGUGUCGCUGAGUACGGCGGAAUGCGAGCUACAGGCUAUCCUCGAUGGGUCGAUUGGGAUGAUCGGCCUGGAGGCUCUACUACACGACCUGGAUGUGGAGCCAGGACCGAAGGUCGUGGCGAGUGACAGCACGAGUGCUUUGGCUAUUGGCUCGGGCACGGGGUCGUGGCGUACACGCCACUUGAGACUGAAGGCAGCAUGGCUUCAAGAAAUGGUUUCCAAGGGUGAGAUCGUUCCUCGUCAUCAACCGGGAGUUUCUCAACCGGCAGACUUGUUGACAAAGGCGUUGAGUGGACAGAGGAUCGUGGCACUACUUGAUUUGUGGGGUGUCCAAACUGGAAGGAGCACGAGAUCCACUACGACGACCUCCACGUUGGCUACACGGGUUCUUGUUGCUACGAUUUGCUGCAUAAUGAUGUUGGCGGUUGAAGCAGAUGAUCCCCAGAAGGAGGGCAUUCGGGUUGACUACGACAUGGCGGGCAUCUUCAUGGCGUUGCUAAUGGUCCUUGGCGCUUUGGUUCUAUGGGAAACAGUGAAAUGGGGAGGGCUUACGCCUACAUGGGUGCCAGGUGAGUGGCCUCAAGGAGGACUUGGCAUCAAGGAUGGGGAUGUGGAGAGAGAUGGCCUUGACGAUCAUGUCAUGGACAAGUAUCUGGCAAGCUUGAACUGGGCCUUUGCGAUGCUGGGCGUGGGGCUGAGCAGCAUCAAAACCACGAACACCGUAGAAGUGGCUUUCUCGGUUUUGGUCGCAUUUCGAUCUCUUAUGACCUAUGCCACCCUCAUCUCCUCCAUCACCACCGUGACCAGCGCUUUGAACAAAAUCCGUGAGGACGAGAACUCCGAAUUUCGGCUUCUUCGUUCCUACUUGGGCCACCACGAUGUGAGCCAGGAGCUCGGACAGAAGAUAACACGCUUCCUUCAGCACCAGUACCACUUGCGGCAGCAGGCGAGAUCUGCCCACAUCAACGUACCUUUGCUGGAGCUGCUCUCUCCAAGCUUGCGUGGUGAGCUGGAGAUGGCAAAGUACGAGAAGGCGAUGCGCAAGUUGCCCUUCCUGAGCCAGCUCUUGCUGACUGACGACUUGGCAGUCUUGCAGGUCGUUCAAACCCUCGCCGUGCAUGCCAUCCAAGAUGUUGCAGCUGCCAGCAAGGACGUGAUUUUCUUGGCGGGCAACAAGGCAAAUGCAGCUUACUUGAAGCUGAAUGGGUCGCUCACGUACUUCACCAUGGACAGUGAGGCGGAAAUUAUAGAGAACCUCGGCGAGGAGAAGCAGAAGAAAGUUGAGGAACACUGUUGGAUCUCGGAGAUCUGCCUUUGGGCAUCCUGGGCGUACCAAGGAGACCUUGUGGCAGACGACGUGUCUCGAUUGAUUGUCCUCAACGCGGAUGCUUUCGGUCAGAUCAUCUCACAGUCAGAGAGCACGCACAAAACCGCGAUUCGCUACGCCCAGACCUUUGUCGAUGACUGGACAAGUCAUGGAUGGACGGAUUUGGAGCCGAGCAAUGACAACUGGGACUUGGACAGCAACGCCUCCGAAGCCAAGGGAGUGGCGCGUUGUUGCAGUUGGGCGUUGUGUUCGCGACAGCCGAAGCCCAGCUUGAAGAUUCUGCCCGGAUGA